GUAAUAUUUCUAUUUUCUCUAUCUCUCUGAUGUGUACUGAUACCAUAACAUUUUUCUUUUAAUUUCAUGCAUUUCAGAUAAUAUAAAGACAUUUCUGUGAAGACCUGAGAAAUGAAUAGUUGCAAUUGACUCUUCUGACCACAAAGAACUAUUCCUUUUCUCACUCUCUUACCUACUGAAAAAAGCCCGCCUUUUUUAAAAAAUCUGCCAAAGGGAUGGACAUCAUCAAUAGCAUGUGGUAGUCUAGGGCUUUUUAAAUUGCAGGACAGUUCUAAAAUAUUUUUUACAUAGAUUUUUCAGAUGCAGAAUUUUGAAGCAUUUAGAUGGGUCAAGAUGAUCUAAUGGAAUAUGCAAUGAAGUGGUUUAUGUGGGAUUCAUCUGCAAAAGAUUCAGGCUAGAGACCUAACUUUUCUGUUUUCUGCUUCCAGAGAUCUGGCUGGAUACUAAUGAAUUCUUAUCACAAUGCAAAUAUUGUGGAAAUGGAGUGCAGUGAUUAUUCAUCUUCUUUAUUAUGUGGGAGACAAGUGGAAAGGUUUUUCAAUUACCGGAUCAGCUAACCCACCAAUCGCCCAGAUUGGACAAAAAGUGACACUGUCCUGUGAAAUGAAAGGAUGCACAUCCUCCAAGCUUCGGAUGCACUUAUAUAAAUGGGAAUCCCACAAAAAUCAAACAUUGUUUAUCCACGACAGCACAAGGGAACCCAGUAUUCAAGAAAACAGUCCAGAGGAGAGAGAGAAGAACGGCUCACCCAGAGGACAGUACAAGGAUGGGCUUCUCUCCGUGACACUCAAUGAAGUGCAACUAGCAAACAAUGGCCAGUAUGUCUGCGCUGUGACAUGUGAUGACGUCUAUAAAGAAUCUACAAUGCAGUUGCAAGUGGAAGGAAAAAUUAAAGUUGGUAUCGGGGAAGUUGCUGUUUUCACCUUCCAGACAUUUCAGACCUGCAGUCUCUCCCAUCUGAAACUGCUUUGGAGAAGAACCGAUUCUGGGAAAAGCCAGAAAAUCUAUUCUUAUCUGCAUCAGGAAGCCUGCCCAAUUAUUUAUUCUGAAGACUCCCUUGGUGACAGGUGCUCUUCUUCUCAUGGGCCCAUCAGCAGAGAAUGGUUUGGAGAGAAGUAUCAACAAAGGGCUGAGAUCUCCAAAAGUCAGAUGCUUAUGAGAAACGUUACUUCAUUUAAAGUAAGCGACAUUCAGAGAGAAGAUGCAGGGAAGUAUCUGUUUUCAGUGGAAUCUCAGGAGUUUCGCCAAGUGGUCGUCUUCACCCUUUCUGUGACAGGCAGCAGGUCUUCAGAUAUUUUUUCCUGGGUCCUUCUUUUCUUCAUUAUCUUUGUUUUGGACUUUCUAGAAGAAAUAUACAAUUUCAAACGUAAAGAUUCAUUAAGGGCAGAAAACAGGUUUAGAGGUUUUGGAGGAACCAAUGGCAGCUCCAAAGACAGUCAUCUCCCAGGCUCUGAUCCCCAGCCUCUACACGCACAUAAGACUGAGCAGAGUAAUUGCUUAUCCCUCAAAAGCACAGAUCCAUUAAAGGCAGAAAAUGAUCAGUUAAGGAAAGAAAAUGAACAAGCAGAGGCAGCAAAAGAUCAUUUAAGGACAGAAAAUGAUCAGUUAAAGACAGAAAAUGAAAAAAUGCAUUCUGAAAAGGAUCAAUUAAGGACAGAAAAUGAAAAACUAAAGGUGGCAAAAGAAUUCUCUGAUGCCCGUUUCAAUAAAGUUGAUGUGAUCUUUGAUUCCAAGACAGCUCACCCAAGACUGGAAGUGUUUGAAGCUGGGAAAAGUGUCAGAGACACAGGAAAUAUUUCUAAGUUUUCUAAAAGUGAAGACAUUCCUCACCACAUGGGGAUCCUGGCAACACAGGGAUAUUCCAAAGGCAGUUAUUACUGGGAAGUAGAUAUUAGCCAGAAAAAGAAAUGGGAGUUAGGGGUUGCAUCUGAAUCCAUUUCUAGAAAGGGGGAUAUCAAGUUAUCUCCGCAAAAUGAUUAUUGGGUGAUAGGUACUGAUGGUGGGAAAGAUUACUGGGCUCGGACAGACCCCUGGACCCUUCUGACAGUGACUGGACGACCUGCAAGAAUAGGGAUAUUCCUAGAUAUGUCAGCAGACAAAAGACUUUCUUUUUAUGAUGUCCAUAGAGAAAAGAAAUUGUACACAUAUACCAUCAAUUGUUCUGCGAAGCUCUAUCCUUUCUUCUCUCUUGGAGUAAUGUCUGUAAAGGAAUAUAACCAGCCAGUCAACAUUGUUAAAUUUUUUGAAAAAGAAGAGAUUUUGCAAUGAAAAAAAAUACAUAGAAGGGAAAACUCCUUUGAAAAAUGCAUUGUUAAUAUGGUUCUCUGAAAUACGGUAUGAUUCUUUAUGUUUAUUUGGAAAUAAAUUUGGAAAUAAAUCCA